CGGCGGAGGGGAGCCGGCUCGCGCCGCUCUGGCCGCCGCCCCCUGCCCUCCCCUGCCUUCCCCGUACCCCCGGUGCAUUGUGGGAUAGUGGCGGCCCGGCCCGGCAGCGCCCCCUCCUCCCUCCCCCUCCCCAGCUCCUUCUCCAUCCCCAGGUCCAAGAUGGCGGCGGCGGCGGCUCCUCCGGCCCCAUCCCCGCCGCCCCCUGCCCCGGCAGGSCCGCGCUGCCCGGGCUCCUGGCCCAACUUCGCCGUUGUCUGCUCCUUCCUCGAGCGCUACGGGGCCCUGCUGGACCUGCCCGAGCUGCCCUUCCCCGAGCUGGAGCGCGUCCUGCAACCGCCGCAGGAGCCCGGAGACCAGGUCCCAAAAGAACUGGUGGAGCUUCACUUGAAACUGAUGAGAAAGAUUGGGAAGUCUGUCACAGCAGACAGAUGGGAAAAAUACUUGAUCAAGAUAUGUCAAGAAUUCAACAGCACUUGGGCUUGGGAGAUGGAAAAAAAAGGAUACCUAGAAAUGAGUGUUGAAUGCAAACUGGGGAUUCUGAAGUAUCUCUGUGAAUGUCAGUUUGAUGACAAUCUAAAGUUUAAGAAUAUCAUUAACGAGGAGGAUGCUGAUGCCAUGCGCCUGCAGCCCAUUGGUCGGGACAAGGAUGGCCUCAUGUACUGGUAUCARCUGGAUCAAGAGCAUAAUGUCAGGAUGUACAUAGAAGAACAGGAUGACCAGGAUGGAUCCACAUGGAAGUGCAUUGUUAGAAACCGCAAUGAGCUUGCUGAGACCCUUGAGCUCUUGAAAGCACAAAUUGAUCCUGCCCUGUUGAAAAACAACAAUUCUCAGCAGGAGAAUUCAUCACGUGAGAGUCCAAGCAUAGAAGAUGAAGACACCAAAAAGGGUGAAGAAGCAGCGACACAAGAAAAUCAAUUGAAAAUCAAAGAAGAAAAAGAGGAGGUAGAAGAAAAAGUGGAAUCAGAAAGCCUUCCUCCCCCUGUGGACAAAGAUGAAAAUAUGCUUAAAAUUGAAAAAGUGGAAGAAAAAGAAAUUGUAAAAUUGCCAGUAAUAGUGAAAUUAGAGAAACUUCCAGAACACAAUGAAGAAAAGCAAACUGUCAAGGAAGAAAGUGACUCCUUUAAGGAAAAUGUCAAGCCUGUUAAAGUGGAGGUGAAGGAAAACAAAAUAGAACCCAAAGACCUAAAAGAGGUAAAAAGUUGUAUGGACAAAAUAGCAGUACACGAGCCAGAGAGGUUAGAAUUCUGUGUUAAUGUCAAAACUCCACAAGAAAUUGUGGAGAAAUCUGUGGAAGAAAGUGAAAAACUUAAAAAUGACCAACAGGCAAAAAUACCACUUAAAAAGCGGGAGAUCAAACUGACAGAUGACUAUGACAGUCCAAUAAAAGGCCCCCUGUGUAAAUGUGUUACUCCAACAAAGGAUGUCUUGAAGGAAGAAGGGAAACCAGAAGAAGAAGCUUUUAAGAGAGUCCCUACAAUUACUGCUUUAUGUCCUGAUGGGAAAGUGCUAGUAAAUGGAGAGGUUGGCUGUGAAAAAAUAACCCCGAGCGUCAUACAAAAUAACAAGUCAGAACACUCUGCUACGGCAAUAGAAGACAGCACCUCAUUAAAAGAGAAAAAUGGAAAGAGUGGAGAAGAAGUAUCAGACUCCCUAAAUACUGUUAGUACAGUUAUAAAAACAUGUGAGAUUGAGAAAAAUGCAGUAUCUGUGCUGAAAGAGACUGGGGCUGUGGUCUCUGAGGUUUCUAAUCAGAAAGUGCCUUCAAAGGAGGAGUCUAGUCCUGUGGAAAAAGAGUCCCUUGACAGCAAAACUGCUGAGAUGGUAGCAGAAGAGUCUUCAAUCUCUGAAGACUGUGCCAAAACAACUGAAGAGAAACAAGACACUGAUAUUAAAAAUGACAGCCUGCCACCACCCAAAGAAUGUUCAGAGAAGCUAGAAAUGUCCCCAAAUGCAUCUACUCCUGCAGAACUGCCUAAGCUUGCACUGCCUGAUGAAGAGACUUUGAAAAGUAAAGAUGAGCCUGAGGAGAAAAAUGACUCUCCAAAAYCUGCUGAGAUACCUCCUGCAUCCACAUCUCCUGUUACAGUAGAGAAACCUGUUACAGAAAAGGAGGACUCUGAUUGUAAAACAGCUCUACUUGAGGAGAGCAAAGUAGAAGAAAAAUCUAGCCCUGAAAAGAAAGAGGAAGAGCCAGAAGCUGCCAAAACAGAGCCAGAGAGAUUAGAUGAUGCUCAUACAUCUAAUCUAGAGGACGSCUCAGAGAGUAAAAAAGAAUCUCCAGUACCUAAAAGCAAAUUUAAAUAUAAGCUAGUUUCUGAAGAAGAAACCUGUGCAACAGAGAAUAAAGAAAUAACUUCUGAAAGACAGAAAGAAGGAAUUAAAUUAACGAUUAGGAUCUCUAGUCGGAAGAGAAAGACAGAAACACCGCCAGAAGAGGUCAGCAUUGGCCGCACGUUAAGGCGAUCGCCAAGAAUAUCCAAGCCUACUCCGAAAGUUGUGGAGACUCGGGAUCAGAAGCCUGAGAAAAAGCGAACUGAAGAGGAAGAGGAGAAACCUGCAGCAGCACAAAAACCAGAACGAAAAGAAGAUGCAAAAAAACAAGAGAAGGAGACAAAUUCUAAGGUUAACAAGCGAAGCAAAGUUCGGUGGACGGGUACACGGACACGUGGCAGGUGGAAGUACUCAAGUAAUGAAGAGACUGAGGACUCUGAGAGUGAAAAAAACUCUGAUGAGGAGGAAGAAGAGGAGGAAGAGGAGGAAGAAGAAGCUCCACCUGCUGAUGACGAUGAGCCAUGCAAGAAGUGUGGCCUUCCCAAUCAUCCUGAGCUGAUUUUGUUGUGUGACUCUUGUGACAGCGGGUACCACACAGCCUGCCUUCGCCCUCCGCUGAUGAUCAUCCCUGAUGGAGAGUGGUUCUGCCCGCCUUGCCAGCAUAAAUUACUCUGUGAGAAAUUAGAGGAACAAUUACAAGAUCUGGAUGUUGUCUUAAAGAAGAAAGAGCGUGCAGAACGCAGAAAGGAGCGGUUGGUGUACGUGGGUAUCAGUAUUGAGAACAUCAUUCCACCUCAGGAACCAGAAAUACCUGAAGGUCAGGAAGAAAAGAAGAAAGAUUCCAAAAAGCCCAAAUCAAAACUUGAGAGGAGAUCUACCAGAACCCGAAAGUGCAUAAGCUACAGGUUUGAUGAAUUUGAUGAGGCAAUUGAUGAGGCAAUUGAAGAUGAUAUCAAAGAGGCUGAUGGAGGAGGCAUUGGCAGAGGCAAAGACAUGUCAAAUAUCACAGGUCACCGUGGAAAAGACAUUUCCACAAUCCUAGAGGAAGAAAGGAAGGAAAACAAGCGACCACAAAGGGCUGCUGCUGCACGGCGCAAGAAACGACGGCGACUAAAUGACUUGGAUAGUGACAGUAACAUGGAUGAAGAAGAGAGUGAGGAUGAAUUCAAAAUCAGUGAUGGAUCUCAGGAUGAGUUUGUUAUAUCAGAGGAAAAUCUGGAUGAAAGUGAAGAUGACCCACCAUCAAAUGAGGACAGUGACUCUGAAUUCUGCGCCCGCAUAUCCAGGCGACACCUUUCCAGGCCCAUGAGGCAAAGCAGGCGGUUACGAAGGAAAACAGUCAAGAAAAAAUACUCUGAAGAUGAUGAAGAUGAAGAUUCUGAGGACAAUUCAAGCAGAGAGUCUGAGAGUGGUGAAUACACAGAUUACAGUGAUGAUGAUUACCUGGAAACUAGGAGGAGAAGAUCAAGACGGAAUCAGAAGAGACAAGUUAAUUAUAAGGAAGAUUCAGAAAGUGAUGGCUCACAGAAAAGUGUCCGAUAUGGGAAGGAGUUGAGAAGAGUUCAUAAACGCAGGCUCUCCACUUCAGAUAGUGAAGAGAGCUACACAUCUAAGAACUCUGAAGAUGAUGAAUCCACAAAGGAGUCAAAGCGAUUGAUUCGAAAACGUCGGCGGAGUACGGAGGACUAUUCCGAGGAAGGAGAGGAAGUGGAGGAAGAAGGGAAGCCUGUCCGUAAACGCCUGAAUCGAAUUGAGACCGACGAGGAAGAUGCCUGCGAAAACACAAACGACGAUGCAGAAACCCCCGCUCCUGCAGAUAAGCUGCCAGCAGCACAAGGCCCCCAAGAUAACCCCAAGAAGCACUGCUACCGGAUAGAGAGUGAUGAUGAAGAUGACUUUGAUAAUGUAGGGAAAGUGGAGAGCCCUUUGGACUACAGCUUGGUGGAUUUGCCUUCCACCAAUGGACAGAGCCCAGGGAAAACCAUUGAGAACUUGAUUGGCAAGCCAAGUGAGAAGACCCAGACCCCCAAGGACAGCACAGCCAGCGCCAGCCUGGCACCCAAUGGGACAGGGAGUGGGCAGGAAGCAGUAGGGCCAGAGGAAGAUGAAGAUGAACUUUUGAGAGUGACUGAUCUUGUUGAUUAUGUCUGUAACAGUGAACAGUUAUAAGACUUCCAUUUUUGUGCUAAUUUAUUCCACGGUAGCUCAUACCAGCGGGCCAGUUAUUAAAAGCUGUUUUAUUUUUCCUAGAAAAUUCUCCACUACAGUAUCACUUUCUAGAAGCAAGAAUUUCACCAGUCCUGCAGUCUUUCUGUGAAGUGACCAGUUUUGAACUUUGAAGAUAAAUUGCUGUAAAUUCCCUCUCUUCCCCCCCUUCUCCUUCCAAGUCCGUGGUCCUGGGUAAUUUCACUCACAAAAACCUUAUAACAACAAGAGAUUUGUAUAUUUUUGACUUUAUAUUUCCUGAGUGCAUACAAAUUUGUGGAAAUGGGUGGCCUAAGAAAGCAUUCCAAAUCAGUCAGGGCCCAAACCGGAGCUGGGGUGGGUUUGGCUCAAGGGGUGGGGGGAUGGGAGGGGGGUGGUGCAGAAGCACUUGUGCUUUAGCUUUUUCAUGAGAUAUAUAUUAUAUUUAAAUGUUCACAACUUAGAUUACAACUUAACAGACAGUUAAAAGCAAAAUUAAUGUCUGUACUGUCGCAUUUUGUGAGUUGUAGGUUAACAUACCAUAGCUCAUUUUAGUAAUCACCUUCAUGGAAGCAGUUUGAUUUUAAUACUGGAGGCAAACAGAAUUAUUAGAGGCCAAGAAGGUACCAUAAACAAGAACUCUUAUCCAUUAUGACUUGCAGACUUUCCUAAUAAACAUCCUUUAAAGUGUUUGUACAGUGAAGUGUACUGUAAUGAAGUUUUUGACAGUCGAAACACUCUAGCCAUGAAUUUCUAAAGUGAUCUCAGUUCAUCAGAUGGCCUUCAAUGCACAGUGUCUAGUGGGAAAAAGUAUCGAUGUCAAGUUAGUCUAUAAAUUGGAUGCCAAAUAAGUUUGUAAGCACUGCAAACUUUUACAGACAAAAGAACCCUGCAGUCGCUGCCCGGCCCCGCGAGUUUUACCAUCUGUUGGAGUGUUCUGAACAAAAUGUGUUUGUGCAAACRGCAUUGACCACAGAAUGACAGUGCAUCAGAGGAUGGAGGGAUUUUUCAAUAAACCAUGACUGGUCCAUUCAUGCCCUUAAUAUCUACUUCAAAUUGAAGUAAACAAGUGGAACAGUUUUCCUUUUGGAGGUUUCCUGUUUGGGGUUUGUGUGUGUUUUUGUUUUGGUUUUACUUAUCUGCCUGGAUGUAUUAGCAGGUUUUGAAUGUAGUUGUUGGCCUUUGGCCAUUAGAAUUUUCUUAAAAUACAUUUUAAUAAUUAUCACGUGACCAACUGAUUUCAAUAAGGCAGAGUUUCUGAGAGAAAACGCUUAACUCCAAGACAUCAAGUUUUGAGCGAGCAUGAAGUGAUACAUGCUUUUAUUCAAGGGACAAAAAAAAGACAAUGGAAGAAUAAAAACCCCACCAAAUCAACAUGGGGCGCAUCAAGAGCAUUCAGUUUUCUCUUUACUCUGAUUAAGAUGCAGGCUGUAGCAUUUGUACAUGUUACAGGACACAGACAGCUCAAAUAGAUCUGCCAAACAUUGAAAUCCAAAGAGGUCACAUCUAUUAAUCCAUUUGCUCUGAGAUUUGGAUUUUUGGCUGGUGUUUAUGUCCAUUGCCGGCAAUGGAUGCACCAAAACUGCUGCUGCCACUGAGGAGUGAGUUCUCCUUUCCUGCCCCACCUGAUUCCCUUCCAUUAUAUUGUAUUUACUAUUCAGUCAUUAAGCACUUGUUUUCUUGUAAUAAAACCAGCAUUAGGCCUUUACUAAAUACCUCUCUAGAAAACCUAUAUCCAAAAUUUACCUACUUUCUGGCCUUUAAAGUCUUGGUUUUGUUUCCCCACCUCUUUCUCCACAAGGUCUGUCAGAACUACUCCAUGACUCCAACUUGUUUGGAUUCCAGCAGUGAACAUAUCAUGCUAUAAAACCAGGAUCAGAAAGAUGCAAAAACAUGGAACUUGCUCAUUAUCUGCUGUGCUAAGCAAGCUUGUGAUUUGAAACCAAGAGAAAUCACUCUCUAAAUGGCAGUUCAAUUUCAUCAAAGAUUAAAUGUUUUCUUACCUUACAGAUGUUAACAAUUAACAGUUAAAUUAUUAAAAUGGGGUAGUGAGGAGCCACAGAAGCUUAGAAUGAGUUCUUAAAGGAUAUGUAGCGUUUUAAGCUACUCUAGUGCUUUUCUUUACCUAGGUGAUACGUAAAUGUUAUGUUUCUAAAUUCUAAUGUACUUGUAUUUUACAACAAGUAAGACCAUAAGGCUUCCACUUGUCCAUGGCAGUAGCUGCUGAGCAUUUUUAAUACUUGACAUGCAGCAACAUUGUGCAAUUGAUGGUUCCUCAUUUGUUUUGGCAGUGCCAUAUUUUUCUGUGCUGCCUGAUGGAGCCUUUUAGUAUCUGAUCAAACAUUCUAGCUUGUAGAGUCAACUCCAAAUGCUACGUACUUAGUGGGCAGGUAAUUGUGUAGUUAAGAAAAUACAAACAAGUUACAAUACUGGAUACAUCAAUGGGGGAAAAAAGAAAA